AUGCAUAUGCAUCCCAAUGCAUGUAUCUUCCUGCUUUGUAUCUCUGUUUUGUUGAAUGCCCUCUCAGCAUCGAGCAACAAUGGUGAGUCAUUGAUGUUGGGGUGUGGGCUGGGUGAAGGUGGUGGAAAAGAUGCUGAUGGAAGACAAUGGAGCCCUGAUAACAAGUACCUCAAAGAAGGGAAUUCCAUCACAUCCAAAUCCUCAUUCCAAGACCCUUCCCUUUUAUCUGAGAUUCCAUACAUGACAGCUAGAGUUUUCACAUCAGAAGCAACAUACAAAUUCCCUGUUCAACCCGAUAAGCGGUACUGGCUCAGGCUCCAUUUCUAUCCCUCUGUUUAUGGCAGUUUCAACCCUUCCAAUUCAUAUUUCUCUGUCAUAGCAAAUGGGGUUACCCUUCUCAGCAAUUUCAGCGCCUCAAUUACAUGUCAGGCCCUCUCACAAGCUUACCUUGACAGAGAGUAUUCCCUUGCGCCUCUUAAUUCAGAUACUCUCACUCUUACCUUCAAGCCUUCUGACAAGCACGAUGGGGCUUUCGCUUUUGUCAACGGUAUUCAGCUGAUCCAAAUGCCUGAGUUGUUUGAUUCAGCUUCGUUGGUGGGUUACACCGACCAAACCGUGGAUGCAAAAAGUUUGCAUCUUCAGACAAUGUUCAGGUUAAACGUUGGUGGGCAAUAUAUAUCUCCAGCACAAGAUUCUGGUCUGAGCAGAAUGUGGUACGAUGAUACCCCUUACCUAUAUGGUGCAGCCACUGGUGUCACCAACCAAGCUGCAAAGGAUGUCAAAAUCAACUACCAGACCAUGCCACAGUACAUUGCUCCUCCCAAUGUCUAUUCCACAUCACGAUCCAUGGGCAACAAUAAGGAUGUCAACAUGGGAUUCAAUCUUACAUGGAUUUUCCAAGUUGAUCCAAAUUCCAUGUACCUUACCAGGUUGCAUUUCUGUGACUACUACUAUUCCAAAAUCAAUGAGAUUGUUUUCAAUAUCUUUGUCAACAAUCAAACGGCUCAGGCUCAAGCAGAUGUGAUAGGGUGGACAGGUGGUAAAGGAGUGCCAACAUACAAGGACUAUGUUGUGUAUGUCCAAGAUGAGCCAGGUGAUGAUCAGCUUUGGCUUGCUUUGCACCCAGCACCUGAUACAAAGCCAGAAUACUAUGAUGCAAUACUCAAUGGGGUGGAGAUUUUCAAGCUCAAUGACACAAACCUUUCUGGACCCAAUCCUCAGCCUUCUGAGAUGCUGAUUGAACAUGAGGAGAAGGACAAGACUUUCCAAGACAAUAAACAUCAUAAUAGGACUUUUGUUAUUGGUGGAGCUGCUGGAGGUGCCGCAGGUUUUGCCUUAGUGGCUGCAAUAUGUGUUGCUGUUCACCAAAAGAAGAAGAGAGCUCCGGGAUCCUACUCCAACACAUCAAGCUGGCUUCCCCUAUAUGGGAAUUCUCACACAACUGGCACCAAAUCCACAAUGUCAACAGGGAAGAGCGUUGGUAGUAACAACAGAUCAGUCAUGGCUCAAGGACUGUGCCGCUAUUUCUCCUUACAAGAGAUGAAGCAAGCAACCAAGAAUUUUGAUGAGUCCAAUGUUAUUGGGGUAGGAGGAUUUGGAAAGGUUUACAAGGGUGUUAUUGAUAAUGGGGUUCAAGUGGCUAUCAAAAGAUCGAACCCACAAUCAGAACAAGGAGUGAACGAAUUCCAGACUGAGAUUGAGAUGCUUUCCAAAUUGAGACACAAGCAUUUGGUGUCUUUGAUUGGUUUUUGCGAGGAAGAUGAGGAAAUGUGCCUGGUUUAUGACUACAUGGAUCGUGGCACCAUGAGGGAACAUCUAUACAAGGGAAACAAACCACUUGAUACUCUAUCAUGGAAGCAAAGGUUGGAGAUUUGCAUUGGAGCUGCAAGAGGCCUUCACUACCUUCACACGGGGGCAAAAUAUACCAUCAUUCAUAGAGAUGUCAAAACAACUAACAUCCUCCUUGAUGAAAAUUGGGUUGCCAAGGUUUCAGAUUUUGGAUUGUCAAAAACGGGUCCAAACAUGAACAAUGAUGGACAUGUUAGUACUGUGGUGAAGGGUAGCUUUGGAUACUUGGAUCCUGAAUAUUUCAGGAGACAACAAUUGACAGAAAAAUCUGAUGUCUACUCAUUUGGGGUUGUCCUAUUUGAGGCCCUAUGUGCAAGACCUGCUUUGAAUCCUAGCCUUCCAAAGGAACAGGUCAGCCUUGCGGAUUGGGCUUUGCUUUGCAAAAGAAAAGGAACACUUGAGGAUAUUAUUGAUCCCAAUCUAAAGGGAAAGAUCCACCCAGAAAGCUUGAAGAAGUUUGCAGAUGCUGCUGAAAAGUGUGUGUCUGAUCAUGGACUUGAUCGCCCCUCCAUGAAUGAUCUAUUGUGGAAUCUAGAAUUUGCUCUCAAUCUGCAAGAAAACCCCGAUGGUCCAACACCCACUUCACGUAUUGACCAAGGUGAGUUUGAAGAAGUUAGCUUGGAAAACAACGACAUGGCAGCACAUUAUAAAAACCUUAGCCUUGGAAGUGACUAUGAGCUUAGCCAGGACUCAAGUGAGAACUCGGCUGCAAUCUUCUCACAAAUUGUCAAUCCGAAAGGCAGAUGA